UAUUAAAGUCCCAGAGGGGUAAAACGUUUUCAAAACCCUCGCUCCCAAAACUGUGUGUUUCGGCCGUUCUUUCUCUCUCUUCCGUUUGCAAAGCACUCCAUUCGCGUUGCUUUGUCCCCAAACCCUAUCAUCUAAACCCCUUUUCAUCUUUACUAACCAUAUUUAGGGUUUGAUCAUCCAUUUAUUAUCAAUAUAUAGCAUAUACAUACAUACAUAUAUAGAUAUAUUUAGAUUGCAGUGUUUUUCAAUUUGUUUGUGGUUUUUGGUUGGAGAUGGUCUCCGGUUCGCGCAUCGAAGGUGGGACUCAAAUUCUCUCUGCUCGUGUCCGGAAAACGAUUCAGUCAAUCAAAGAAGUCGUGAGUAAUCACUCUGAUGCUGAUAUAUACGUUGCCCUUAAAGAGACCAACAUGGAUCCUAACGAAACUGCUCAGAAAUUGUUGAAUCAAGAUCCGUUUCACGAGGUGAGGAGAAAGCGAGAUAAGAAGAAGGAGAGUACAGGUUACAAGGCUUCUACAGAGCCAAGAAAAUACAGUGAGAAUGUAGGUCAAGGGAUGAAAACUACCACAUAUUCUGAUCGCAAUGUUAGAAGAGGAGGUUAUAGUCGCAACGCUUUACCUGUUGCAGGAAUCAGCCGAGAGUUUCGUGUUGUGAGAGACAAUAGAAUAAAUCAAAAUGCAAAUGGAGAGAUGAAGCCUCCCUCAAUGCAAUGUUCAACAUCCACCAAUGAUCAAGCGAUCUCAAACGACAAGGGGAGCUCAACACGGACUUCUAGCAAUCAGAAGGCAUAUGACGGGCGUUAUUCAUCUCAAGCUGGAAAUGGGCCAGUUGGUUCACACCCUAGACAAGCACGGGAUGCUAAUUCCAGUGGCAGUUCCAAGAAAGAAUCAUUGGAGGCAAGGCAAGCAUCGGUUCCUAACACUGUUUCCCAUGUGCAGGCAGUGAAGCCAAACAAUUCUCAACCACCUUCUGCAACACUUGCAUCAAACAAUUCCGUAGUAGGGGUGUAUUCAUCUUCUUCAGAUCCUGUUCAUGUGCCAUCUCCUGAUUCCAAAUCAGCUUCAACAGUCGGAGCUAUUAAGCGUGAAGUUGGGGUGGUGGGUGUUCGCCAGCAGCAGUCUUCUGAAAAUUCGCUCAAACCAUCUGUGCAGAGCUCAAAUUCACAUUUGGGAAGGGAUGGUUCUUCUAGGGAAUCAUUUCGACAUUUUACUGCCAUUUCUAAGAGCAGCCAACCCAGUCAAGCUACUGUAUCUGAAUCUAUUGUACCCAACAUGUCGGUUGGCAGACCUUUCUUGAGCAAUCAGUAUAAUAGCAGAUCGCAUCAGCAACCUUUGGGUCAUCAGAAAGCUUCCCAGCCCAAUAAGGAGUGGAAACCAAAGUCCAGCCAAAAAUCAAGCCUUAAUGGCCCUGGGGUUAUUGGAACGCCUGCAAAAUCUGUUCCACCACCUCCUGUCGUCAAUCCUAAGGAUUUGGAAAGGGAAGCAGCUCAGUUACAAGAUAUACUGUCGCGAGCAAACAAUAAUGAGAACCAGAAUGUAAUCAUUGCAGAGCAUAUUCGGGUUGCUGAGACCGACCGCUGUCAGCUCACCUUUGGCAGCUUUGGGCCAGAUCUUGAUUCUUCCAUGAAUAUUAUAUCAGGUUCCCUGGCAGGCGGAAGUGCCGAAGAUCCUUCCGUGGAACAUUUUACAAGCUUGUCGAAGUCCGCCCCCGAGUCUUCCAGUGAUGAAACUUCUGGCAUCAAGCAUGUAGAUUCACUAGAUGAUCAAGUUCGAAAUUCUGAAUCUAUUUCUCCAGCGUCAGGUGCAGUAUCUGAAAAUCAAGUACCUGAGUCUUCGAGUCCCCAGGAUCUAGACAAUUAUGAAGAUAUAGGUUUGGUUCGUGACAACAGCCCAUCCUACACUCCUUCAGAGUCACAACAGCAGCGAGAUCAUCAUGAAUUACCAAGUUUCUCAGCAUAUGAUCCCCAGACUGGUUAUGAUUUUCCUUAUCUCAGACCUCCAAUGGAUGAAACUAUUCGAGGACAGGGUCUUCCAUCUCCUCAAGAGGCCUUGAGUUCACAUGCAUCCAGCAACAUCCCUGCAUCUUCAAUUGCCAUGUUACAACAGCAACAACAACCAGUUGCACAAAUGUAUCCCCAAGUUCAUGUUUCCCAUUUUGCUAAUCUCAUGCCGUACCGUCAGUUCAUCUCCCCUGUUUAUGUUCCACCAAUGCCCAUGCCUGGCUAUUCUAGUAACCCUACCUAUACUCACCCCUCAAGUGGCAACAGUUAUCUGCUGAUGCCUGGAGGUAGCUCCCACCUUAGUGCAAAUGGCAUUAAGUAUGGAAUUCAGCAGUUCAAGCAUGUUCCAGCUGGCAGUCCCACAGGGUUUGGAAAUUUCACUAGUCCGAAUGGGUAUGCCAUCAAUGCUCCAGGUGUUGUUGGCGGUGCGACAGGUAUUGAGGAUUCAUCUAGGCUCAAGUACAAAGAUGGGAAUAUUUAUGUUCCAAAUCAACAGGCUGAGACAUCAGAAAUUUGGAUUCAGAACCCAAGGGAGCUUCCUGGUAUGCAAUCUGCUUCAUACUACAACAUGCCUGGGCAAACGCCGCACGCUGCUUAUAUGCCAUCCCAUACUGGUCAUGCUUCCUUCAAUGCAGCUGCUGCUGCUGCACAAUCUUCUCAUAUGCAGUUCCCAGGCUUGUAUCACUCUCCUCCCCAGCCCGCUGCAUUAGCAAAUCCCCACCAUUUGGGCCCUGCCUUGGGUGGCAAUGUUGGUGUGGCUGCAGCGGCUCCUGGUGCCCAAGUUGGUGCUUAUCAGCAACCUCAGCUGGGUCAUCUCAAUUGGACAACAAACUUCUGAAAUAAUGUCAAUCUGAGUUCUUCACAAGGGAAUGAGGUUAGCUAUAGAAGUUUUUAGUUUACUUUGUGAAUGGAAAACACUAAUCUUUUUUAAUUAAUGCAUCCAGUUGUUUUUAAA